AAGGCAACCAUCAUGCUAUGCAGUCUACUUUGAUGAGCAUGAUUUUUUUGAACUCUUAUUGGUUGACUGGAUAGAAAUUUCUAGCUGCUUGUGGAACCCACAUGAAGAUGUCCAGAUUCUCAGGUGACCGACCCCUCUUUACACGUUUCUUUGAGGCUAUUCCGUGAUGGAAUGCCUUGCGUUUGCAUCUGCUUUCGUCAUUCGGUCAUGCCAGAAUAUUCUCUGUGGCAUGAUCCAGAAUAUGCCAGCAACCAAUGGAAAUUCCUAUUGAAAUAUAUAAGCUCACAUUGUCUCUCAUGAAACGUCUCUUUCUUUCUUCAUCAGAACACAUCAAUUCUUCUUCAUGCGAUCAUACCGCGCACUUUCUCGACUACCAAGUACUCAAGCUAGACGAGUUCUAUUCAAACCAAUUCCACAAACAUCAGCCCGCAACAUGUCUUUUUACAACUUCCCAGGUUUCUCCGCUCCCGACACCUCCUUCCACCCGCUCUUCCGUCUUCUCGACCAAUUCGACCAAUACCAAGACAAUACUGGCCGUCGUCAUCAUCGCAGCCAAAUGAAGACCUUCAACCCCAAGUUCGACGUCAAGGAGGUCGACGACAGUUACGAGUUGCACGGCGAAUUGCCCGGUGUCGAGCAAAAGGACAUCGAAAUCGAGUUUAGCGAUGACCACACUCUCUCUAUCAAGGGCCGCACCGAGCGAUCCUACCAAUCCGGCACUCCCCCAGCUGGCUUUGUCGAAGGACCAACCGCCUCUGGUGCCAUCACCGAGUCCGGCGAGGAACAUAAGGACCACAAAGCCUAUGUCGAGGACGAGGAAGCUGGUGCCAAAGACGCCAAUACCGAAGUCGCCAAGAAAGAUUCCGAGCAGCCCAAGGAGCCACAAGCCAAAUAUUGGGUUUCUGAACGCAGCGUCGGCGAGUUCUCUCGAUCUUUCUCCUUCCCGGUUCGUGUUGACCCGGAUGCCGUCAAGGCUAGCAUGAAGAACGGCAUUCUCUCCAUCGUUGUCCCCAAGGCCAAGCAACAAUCGAGCCGCAAGAUCACCAUCAACUAAAUCGCUUCCGAAGCUCGACUUCGAUAAGUGCGAUUGGUUUCCGGGACUUCGAAUCGAUAGGCUUCAACAUCAUGACUUGAGGAAUGGUUGAAUUUAUUGGGAUGGAGUUUUGCUUCUUCACUCAUUUGGAGGAUUUGCAUUUGCAGCGAUGGAUUUGAUGCUUUGCACAACAUGGAAAAAGUUGCUUUGAGCUAGGAGUUGGGUGCUUUGCACUUGACUGCCAAAUUUCGGUGGAUGCCCAGG